AUACCACACACACAGCUCUUCCCUGGAGCCCCGUGCAGAGGGUGUCUCUUUCCUGGGACUAGACAAGGACUGAGCCAGAGGAGGAGAGGCAGAGCCAUGAACAUCGUCUUGGACAUCCUCCUGCUUGUGGUCAUCAUCAUCUACUCCUACUUGGAGUCCUUGGUGAAGUUUUUCAUUCCUCGAAGAAGAAAAUCUGUGGCUGGGGAGAUUGUUCUCAUUACCGGAGCUGGGCAUGGAAUAGGCAGGCUGACUGCCUAUGAAUUUGCAAAAAGGAAAAGCAGACUGGUUCUAUGGGAUAUUAAUAAGCAAGGUGUUGAGGAAACCGCAGCUCAGUGCCGAAAACUUGGGGUCACCGUGCAUGCAUUUGUGGUGGACUGCAGUAACAGAGAAGAGAUUUACAGUUCCAUAAGCCAGGUAAAGAAAGAAGUAGGUGAUAUAACCAUCGUGGUGAAUAAUGCUGGGGCAAUAUAUCCAGCCGAUCUUCUUAGUACCAAGGACGAAGAGAUUACCAAAACGUUCGAAGUCAACAUCCUAGGACAUUUUUGGAUCACAAAAGCACUUCUUCCAUCAAUGAUGAAGAGAAACCAUGGCCACAUUGUCACAGUGGCAUCAGUGUGUGGCCAUGGAGUGAUUCCUUAUCUCAUUCCUUAUUGUUCCAGCAAAUUUGCUGCUGUUGGCUUUCACAGAGCUCUGACAUCAGAACUUGAAACCUUGGGAAAAACUGGAAUCAAAACAUCAUGUCUCUGUCCAGUUUUUGUGAAUACGGGCUUCACCAAAAACCCAAGCACGAGAUUAUGGCCUGUUUUGGAGACAGAUGUAGUUGCAAGAAGUCUAAUAGAUGGAGUACUUACCAAUAAGAAAAUGAUUUUUGUCCCAUCAUAUAUCAAUAUCUCACUAAUUCUGGAAAAGUUUCUUCCUGAACGUGUCUUGGCAGCUAUCAGUCGUAUACAGAACAUUCAAUUUGAAGCAGUGGUUGGCCACAAAAUGAAAACAAAAUGAAGUGUGCUACAGACGUGCACACGAUAAUGAUGUGAAGCUACGUUUAGAAGCUAAGGGCUUCAAAGCUUUCAUUCACCUUUUUUCAGCACUGUCAAUUCUUAAAGCACCAGUUUGGCACUAGUAGCAAUCAAAUGAGCAAGAUUAAAUUCUUGUCUUUUUAUUUCUCAAAACUGGAGAUUUAUGAGAAAUAAAUUUAUAUCAUUUAUACAUAAUUCCUAAUGCAGUCUGUGGUACUUUUGUGGCAGCAAAAUGAACUAAGUGUCUGAGUCACAUGGAAAGUUAAAUGAAUGUGCUUUUGUAUUUAUGUUUGCAAAGUUGAGGAAAUGCGUUAUAAAAUAAAUCACCACAUAUAGAAUUGAUAAGUGGGAGAGUAAGAGCAUUAAAAUUUUGGACAAGACACUCCCAAAAUAUCUCCCUCAAAAUCUUUGUGAUGAUACUCUGAUAGUGAGUUUUGAUAUUGCUCUGAGUUUUUUUCUCUGUGGGAAAAUUAAAUUUUUGUCUUGCUCAUUGGCAUUUAAGUUGGAAAGGAAUACUUUUUCCCUCAUAUCUUUCCCCUGGUAUUCAGUAUUUCUCACAGCACAAUGGUAAAUAAUGAGGCCAUUUUAUUUACCUAACUUGGUGAACCAAAUAUUUACACAGGUUUGCAAUUGUGAAAUCUCAACAUCUGUUCUGCACUUUAAAAAGUCCUUGAACGUAUUUGAUUUUGGUUUUACUUUAUUGGGUAAUUAUAUACCAGCAACUAAAAAAUAUCAUGAGGUGCACAUGUCAAGGAAUAAAAAAUCACUUCAAAAUAAAUCCCAGUGUUAAGUGCCAAGCAGAGAACUUUCCAUUUUAACUCCAUUUUUUUAAAAAACAGAUUUAUUUUAGUUAUUUAAAAGGCAGAGUUACCGAAAGAGAGGGAAAGACAAAGAGCAAGAGAUCGUUUAUCUGCUGGUUCAUUACCCAAAUGGCCACAACACCCAGGGUUGUGCCAGAUGGAAACCAGGAGCCAGGAGCUUCAUCUACAUCCCCUAUUGGAGUGCAGGUUCAAGCCCUGGAUACUCUGCUUCUGAUACAGCUUCCUGCUAGUGUGCCUGGGAAGGCAGCAGAUGGUGGCCCAAGUGCUUGGGUCCCUGCACCCUUGUGGGAGACCUGAAUGGAGUUCCUGGCUCCUGGCAAUGCCCUGGCCAAGACUUGGCUGUUGUGGGCAUUUGGGGAGUGAACCAGUAAAUAGAAGAUCUCUCUCUCUCUUUUUCCCCAUCUCUGUCACUUUGCAUUUCAAAUAAAUAAAUCUUUUUUUUUUUUUUUUUUUUUUUUUUUUAAGAAAUAC